UUGAAGACUGUCGCAAUGGAGAAGAGAGACUGAACUCAACUCAGUAUUUAAUAAUAGCUGGGAUUUUUAUCCAAGGGGCACGGUGAAAGAGUCAGUGGAUAGAAAACUACUAAGAGGAGCUUGGUUAAAUAUCAAAAGGAGGGGGAUUUUUGCAGAACUAGGGUUAGCAGGUCAAGGACUGGUCAAGAGAAGGACUGGGAGGAGGCUGACUACAGUUUGGUCGACGGAGUCCUAAUCAGCUGAAACUCGCAGAAGCCUCCGUUGCUCUGCUCAGCCGGAAGACGCAGUUUUGACUGAGUCCAGGCUCUUUGCUACAGGAGAGUCCAGAUAUCCAGGAGACCGCUUUUUAGCAACCGGUCGCUACAUCUGUACUACAUCUCCCAGAGGCCUCUAGGCUCAGUGCUCCUUCCCGCGAGAACUAGCCCCUCUCCUGAGGAGUAGGCGGGAUCUUCUGGCGGGUUGGGGCAAACGGCCUCGGUUGCUGCGGAGCUGUAGCGUUCGAGUAGUUCCAAGUAGAGUACAGGGGUGCUGACCCUUCGAAGGAGCCGUAGCUCUGCUUUGAUUAGCGCGCAGUGGCUUCCAGAGUGGAGUAAAGAAUGGCUGUUGAACAUCCACCAGGCUCCUGCAAGGGAUUUCUGAUAUUCAGAGACAUGUCUAUAGACUUUUCUCAGGAAGAGUGGGAAUGUCUGGACUCAACUCAAAGGAAUUUAUACCAAUAUGUAAUGUUGGAGAAUUAUAGCAACCUGGUCUCAGUCGGUCUUUGCAUUCCUAAGCCAGAUGUGAUCUCAUUGUUGGAGCAAGGCAAGGAGCCUUGGAGUGUUUUUGACAGUGAGCUGACAAGAGGCUUGUACUUAGAAUAUAUAUCUAGGUGUGAGAACAAGAAAUUAUCUCUGAAAAAGAAUGACUAUAAAAUAGAUUCAUCCCAAUGGGUUAUAGUGGAAGGAUAUACAAAGCAUGGACUUAAACAGCGAUCUCAGGAAAGACAUUUUAGCCAAGUCUCAUGUGCCUCUGAAGACAUGUCCCCUUUCAUUCAGCAUACAUCUCUCCCUCGAAACCAAACAUUUAAUACCAAAGAGAAAUCUUAUGAAUGCCAAAAAUAUAAAAAUGCCUAUGGACAGGACUCAAAACUUACUACACAUCAAGAAGGUCAUAGUGGCAAGGAAUUAUAUGACUGUAAGGAAUAUGGGAAGGCCCUUAAUAGAACUUCAAAACUUAGUUCAUAUCAUUCAGUGCACAUUGGCAUAAGACCCUAUGAAUAUGAGGAAUGUAGGGAGUCUUUGAAUAGUGACUCAAUUUAUGCAACAUCAGGUAAUUUUUACUACAGAGAAAGCUAAUGAAUUUAAGGAAAGUGGGAAAGUCUUUACUAGUGACUCACAGUUUUUUCUACGUCAUAGCACUCAUACAAGUGAGAAACCCUUUAAGUGUAAGGAGUGUGUUAGAGAAUUUAGUAAUGGUACAACCCUUAGUCGUCAUCAGAGGAUUCAUACUGGUGAGAAACCCAAUGAAUGUAAAGAAUGUGGAAAAGCCUUUCGUCAUUCUUCAUACCUUACUCAACAUAAAAGAAUUCAUACUGGUGAGAAACCUUAUAAAUGUAAGUAUUGUGUUAGGGCAUUUAGUAAUGUUUCAGCCUUUAUUCGUCAUCAGAGAAUUCAUACUGGUGAGAAACCGUACAAAUGUAAGGAAUGUGGAAGAGCCUUUAGUACUGGCUCAAUACUUAGAGCACAUCAGAGAAUUCACUCAGGUGAGAAACCCUACUUAUGUAAGGAAUGUGGGAAGGCCUUUCGUCAGUCUUCAGACCUUACUCAACAUCAAAGAAUUCAUACUGGUGAGAAACCCUAUGAGUGUAAGGAAUGUGGAAGGGCCUUUCGUCGUUCAUCAGAACUUUCUCGACACAAGUUAAUUCAUGCUGAUGAGAAAUUGUAUGAAUGUAAGGAAUGUGGAAAGAUCUUGAGUGGAGAUUCAGUACUCAUAAAGCAUCAGAAAAUUCACACUGAUGAGAAAGCCUGGGAAUGUAAUGAAUGUGGGAGAGUUUUCACUGUGCCAUACCUGACCCGGCAUCAGCGAAUUCAUACUGGUGAUAAACCAUAUACUUGUAACAAAUGUGGGAAAGCCUUUCUUCGUUCUUCAGACCUUAUUCUGCAUCAAAGAAUUCAUACUGGUGAGAAACCCUAUGAAUGUAAGGAAUGUGGGAAGGCUUUUGCAAGAGGCUCAAAUCUUAAUCACCACCAAAAAGUUCAUAAUGGUAAGAAAUAGUAUGAAAGAAAGUUUUGUAAGACAUUUAGGCAUAUCUUUCAGGUAACAUGAAAUGAAAGAGAAACCACAGAUAUGUAAUAUAAGAAAUCCUAAGAAUUUAUUGGUAAAAUAUAGAAAUAUAAUAAAUAGAGAAUGCCUUAUGUGUUUCACAGUUUAACUACCAUAAGAAUAAAAUGAAUAUUGGAAGACUUCUACCAAUGGCUCAUUCCUUUCUAAAUUUUAAAAACUUUUUAUCAUGACUGGAGAAAAGUGAAAGAUCUUUUUGUUGCAUUUUUCUAUUUUAAAAUACUUUAA